AUCGACGCUUCCCUCCUGCCGAAUGAACCCACAUCAGCAGCAUCGCGGAGCUACGUUCCAGCAAGUCUUCCAGUGCUUGAGUCGUGAAGGCUGGUUCUCUCAAUGGGGCAUGUCCGGCAUGAGCUACUUCAAGCCAGGCACAGUGGUUGGCACGGCUGUGUUCAACCAGAACGUCUUCGUUGGCGAAGCGAACGUCGAAAUGUACUGGCGCCACUCAGGAGACUGGCAACGUGUGGAGCGCAUGAUCUUCCAGGCCCAACUGAACAACCACAUGCACCAGAACCAGCUGAACCAACAACGACAGCACCACCACAUGCAACAGCACAUGGCGGCGGCCGCGGCCGCCGUUAUGCCCCGCGGCAUUCCCAUGCCUGAACCUCCGACACCGUCGUCGUCCACGUCACUUCCGUCUGCCGCAGAACUAUUGGACCAGCGCAACCGAUCGCUGAAUUACCCGUUGGACAUGCUUUGCGACAUCCUCGCUGUCGACAGGGACACCGCGACUCCCAACGGUCCUACAACGGCUACGCCACGGCAAACUAGACAGCAACAACAACAGCACCUUCAUGAGCACCUGCAUCACCACCUUCCCGGGAUGCAUCAUCCCAUGGGAGACCCCUCUCGCUUUCCCAUGUUAGAUCCAUCGCAUCCAUCGUCGAUUCUGUUUCCUCAAUCGACCACCCUGCCACCAACGUCCUCCACCAUGCACUUGCUCCCAUCAUCACCAUCAUCACCACCGCCCCCCCUUCCUUCUUCAGGUGACCUGGACCUCGUCGACCACCCCCCGAUAUCGUCAACCACUCCCUCUUCAGACACAGUAAUACCAUCUGCCACCCCCAAACCACCAACUCGACCGAAAAAGCGAAGUCGCAACCUGUACAUUCGCCUAGAUCAAAUGAAAACUGUGCUGCGAAAGCACGGGUGGAAGUGGGUAGAGGGGCCAAAGGGGUUCAUCUACUGCAAGCCCCACGUCCAAGUGACUGGUCGGGGCAAGUCGAUGACUGGCAAAGACGGCGUCGACUUCUUUUCUGGCCGAGGGCCGUUUGAAACGUACGUCCGCAGCCAGAAGAGUUUGAUGGAGCUCAUCCAGAACGACCUCAAAGACAAGCACGACGGCGCCAUCUUCUCCAUGGACAUCCCGCCCGAAGACCAGCUGUGUGCGCCGACGUACAAGGAACGCGCGGAACUCGCCCGAAGAAAGCAAAUGAAAGAAAAACGCAUGGCGGCUUUGACGUUGCGACGAAGUCUCCAAGUGGCCGCUGCGGCGACGACGACGACGCCUAGUAGUAAUAGUACUACUACUAGUAGUAGUGCUGCGGCGACGACGACACCUAGUAGUAGUACUGCUGUUACUGUGGUGGCGGCUGCUCCUAGCCAAGGGACCAGUGCCGAAGCCGGCGAUAUCGACACGGAUGUGUUCGACGUGGUUGCCACUACUGCUGCUACUGCGAUCGAAACGGAGACCCCAGCGACGACGGACACCACCUUAGCAAGUGAAGGACAUCAAGACCAAGAAAGGAAUACUAGUAGCGAAGACGGGGUUCCGCCGUCAAAUCCAGUCGAGUUGGGUAGUAGUACUAGUAGUAGCGUCGUCUCCACCACCGUCUUGUAACAUGAAGAACUAGUAAUGAUCAAAUCCUUGG